AUGCCCGCGAUUCGACAUGCCUCCAAGCGCAAGCCGCCACCAGAUGGCUUCGACGACAUCGAGGACGACUUGCUGAUCUUUGCCAACAAGAUGAAAGACGCGCAGUCCACCCCGACCGAUGGCCUGCCAAAGCACCAGGCGCAGUGGCCUAUUUUCCAAAUUUCCCACCAGCGCAGCCGCUACGUCUACGAGCUGUACUACGAGAAGGAGGCCAUCAGCAAGCAGCUGUACGACUGGUUGUUGAAGAACGGCUACGCCGAUGCCAUGUUGAUUGCCAAGUGGAAGAAGCAGGGUUACGAGAAGGGAGGGCCACGGCCGCAUACUAACCUACCCAGCUCUGCUGCCUUCGGUGCGUCCAAACAAAAGAGACCAACUUCAACUCGACAUGUAUCUGCCGCGUGCCCAAGGCGCAGCUCAAGGAGGACCAAGACAUUCAGUGCGUCAGUUGCGGCUGCCGAGGAUGCUCUUCGAGUGACUAAGGGACAGGAAGAAGAGGAUUGA